AUUUUUCAUGUAGUAAAUUUUUGGCUAAAAGCAUUUUAUGGAAAUUUUAUUGCAAAUAAUAAUUGUAUAAAAAUAUAUCAUCUAUAAAUAACAAAAAAAAGGAACAAAAUUCAUCAUUUAACUACUAAACGAAAGGAAAACUACGCACAAUAAACCACAAACCUACCACAACGUAUCAAUUUCCCAUCAAAAAAAGAAACAAAAAUAUCUAUAAGAGAAAAAACAGAAAAUAUUUCUAAAACACUUUUCCAAAAAGAACUUGAAACAGUUUGACACAUAUAUUGCAACAACCCGAAAACCCAACCAAAUAACAACCACAUACAACAACAACAACAGCAGCAGCACAAUGCGUCGUUCAUCAUUUACACCAGUUUUCAAUAUCAGCACACAAGAGCCACUUAUUGUGGUUGAAGAAUCUCAAACAACAGAUGAUAGCGACGAUGUACAGGGAGCUGUUGGUGGUGUCGGCAGCGGUGGUGCCGAGGGUGGUUAUGCACGAACAAACAGUGAUGACUCAGAUCCAGAAUCACCAAAAAAUCCAUAUCUUUUGUGUCCACUACCCGAUAUGCAACAACGUCGCAAACACUCAUUGCCAUCAUUGCAAAUAACGGAGGGUAUAACGGCCAGUCAAGUGCGUCGCUUAUCUGAAGUGGGCGGUGAAACAGGUGGCUUGAGUCCACAUGAAGUGGAAUUCUUGGCAACACUAUCACAGAAAACAAAUCCAGGUGGUGGUGGCCGAAGGCAUUCAGUGGUAACAAUAUCAGCAGUACCACCCACACUAUUUGGUCGUAAUCGUCGAGAAUCUAUAUCGGGGGCAGGGUAUAGUGGCAGUCGUCGAGGUAGUGGCAUACAAGGACCACCACUAACUGAGCAUCGAGGUAGCAUACAUAAUUUACAACUGGACAUAAUGGAUGGCAUUGCACAAGCUCGUAAAACACGUUCGGGCAGUGGCGUUUGGCAGGCACCCAUACUGAAAGAAACCGAAAGCAAUGUACCAGUUCAAACAUAAAUUACUUUUUAUGUAACAUGGAUUUUUUUUUCAUUUUUUGUUGGAUUUGUUUUUCUUCGUUUAUUUGUAUAGUCAAGUGUACUACUUUCGAUUUUAUUUUAUUUUAUUUUAUUUUAUACAAUUUAAUUUAGAACAAUAAGGAGAAAAAAAUAGAAAUGUGUAAAAACCAAACAGCAGAAUAACAAAGCAACUGUGGCUCUGAGCUCAUAAAUGAAUCAACAGUUUGUGCAAAAAUAAACCAACAAAUCAAUACGAAACUUUAAUGUAUUAAAAAAUACCUUUAUACUAUUUUUAUUUUCAAUUGCAAAAAAAAGUAAAAGAAAAACUAUUUUUUAAUUUAAAACUAAGUUUUUUUAGUGCUAUGAAAUGUUUGUGCCAAAAAAUAUAGACAAACCACACGAAUAUUUAAAACAAAUAUUUAGUAUGCGUUUUAAAUACAAUUCCAUUUUUACUUAAACAUUUAAAUUAUUUAAAUGGAAGCGGAAAAUAAUUGUGUGUGUGUACGUGUAUUAUGCUCAGAAGUUUAUCUCUUUUUCUCUCACUCUCUCUUAUGUUCAACAUUAAUUAUGGACAUUUUAAUAUUUUUCGAAACGGAAGUGGUAAGUAAAUUUUCAUUUACCUUUUUACAAUUUAGUUUUUUAAUUUAAUUUUUCUUUUUUGCAUUUUAGUUAGUUUCUCUUUUAAAAUGCAUUUAGUUGUUUUUGUUCAUGGCAAAAUAGAUAACAGGUUUUUUGAUUUGUGCAGCAGCAGGUGUGUAGUUUUAAAGGGGAUGCAGCCUGUUGUAGUGCUAAGGAUUAUAUGUAGUUGUAGUGCUAAGAAUUGUGACAGAUUCAAAUUCAUUUGACAUCGAUUUGUCUAAAAAUCAAGGUUUUUCUCGCACUGUGGGUGGAAUCAUCUUCUGACAAUAGCAAAGUUGAAAUUUAUUAAAUUUACUAGAAGGUAUUAAGACUCAGUUAUUCAAGAAAACUCUUGUUAUCAGUUGUGGGAUAAUCCGGGGCAAGCAUCUUUGGGAAUGUAUUCAAAUGUGGGAUGACUCGACGAGCCUCGAAAAAUUGAGUUAUGUUGAAAUUAUCCUUUCCAUAAGACCCCAUUUAGGCUCUUGUUCUUAUUUAUUACUUUUCGCAAUUAGGUCACGAUCUCACAAAUUUCAACUCAAAAUUGUGAUCGUCAUAAAGUAGUCUAUAAAGAAGUUCCCUCAGGCAUGCCCCACAUAGAUUGGAAGGGUCAUGAAUGUUACAUAAAAUUCGAAGAAAUACACUUAGACCACUAUCGGGCCUGUUGAGUACUCCAUCAGCUACAAGACUAGGAUUAACAGGUCUCUGGUGGAAAUUGACCUUUAUACUUACAGAUUACAACACUACCUGCAAUUGCUGCCAUGUCCUUCUUUUAAGAUCUUUAUUAAUGUCCAAAGCCUGCUAUGCCGGCGCACUAUUUUGAGAAACUUCUGUUAAAAGAAGACCUCAAUAUAUUUAGUCUCUUCAAGUCGGUAUUUGGGCUUCAUCGAUUAGGGCACGAUCUCACAAAUAGCAACUCAAAGUAGUGAUCGUUGUAUAGAUAGACAAUAAAGAAGAUCCCUUAGGCAUGAACCAGAUAGAGUAGAAGGAGGAUGAAUUUUACAAAAAAUCCGAAGAAAUAUACUUAGACCACUAUCGGGCCUGUUGAAGACUCCAUAAAGUACAAGACUUGGAUUAACAGGUCUCUGGUGGAAAUCGAACUCAUGAACUUCAUACCGACAGAUUACAACGCUACCCACAAUUGCUGCCAUGUCCUUCUUUUAACAUUACAAUUCCUUAUUAAUGUCCAAAGUUUUGCAGGCCAUCAAUUAGAGAACCUUCUUGUUAAAAAAGAUCUCAAUAUAUUUAGUCCUUUCUAGUCGGUAUUAGGGCUCCAUCGAUUAACAUGUUUGGUUGGCUGAUUGGUUCACUGCAGGCGAUUCGAAGAGAAUCCCUUUUAACCGAACCAUUCUGCUCGUCAGAUAUAGCAUUUAUAGUAUUCGAUUCAGAGUGUAGCUGUGAGAAAUCUGAGAAUUUCAUUAAGCUUAGACCCAGAUAUCUCACCAAGGUUAGAUAUGAAGAAACUGUCAAGAAAGCAAAGCUCUUUACGGCCAGAGGCCGUUUCUUACUUUUCACUAUCUUUACAACUGCUACAGUGAUCUUUGAAAGGGAGCCCAAGCCAACUUGUAUGUCUACCUAUCACCCUAACAUGUUUCAAAGUCUAUGGUAGAGAUCGAGCCCCUUUCGGUCUGACAGAUUGAAAUACUAUCAACUAACCUACGCAGGAACACCGCAAAUGCUGCCAUGUUUGUCUUUGAGAUCCUUCUUUUAAAUUCGCAAUUCUUUAUUUUUGCCCGAACAUCUACAGGCUAUCGUUUUGAUAUAUUUCUUUUAAAACAGGAUUUCAAUACAUUUAAACUCAAUCGAUUAACAUAUUUUGGAGUCUCUGUUGAAAAUCGAACCCACGACCAUACUAACAGACCUCAAUACUAACGACGGAACACAUUUGCUGCCGUGCUUUCCUUGGAGAUCUUUUCUUUAACUUCGCAGUUCUGUAUUCAUGCUCUGGGCAUAAGAUGUCUCUUAAACUUUCCCGGAAUAUAACAACGUUGUGGGCAAACGAAGUAGCUUAAACAUUCCUGAAAUAUUACACUGUAGUUAUCCGAAAUGUCCGGAAAGCACAUGUUGUCUUUAGCGAAGUCCUUUAUGUAUUCCACAAUUCCUUAAACUUCUGUAGGUAUUGAACUGGCGAUUUGUGAAAUACUCCUUGAUUCACAUUAACGAGAACAACGUCGAUACGACCCUUUUGUGACAUUCAACUAUCUGUACUAGUAACUGAUUAUAUAACUAAUAACCGUUCAAUGAAAUACAUAUCAUGUCAUUGGUGUCAUUAGAAAGGAUUCUGGAAGAGAGAUCUUUCAAACAAUGUUUUCGUUACAAAGUCCAAUAAGUUAUGUUUCAAUUUGAAACUUACGUUCUUUAUCAAUAGACAAACUCCGUAUUGGAUUGUAAGAAAGCUUUAACUGAAUACUCUUCCAGAGGUAAGAUUUACAUCAUAUGGGUACCAGGCCACUCGUGAGUAGUCGGCAACGAAAGGGCGAAUGUAAUCGAUUUAAAGUAAAGGGAUCUAGAGGCAGUUAACUUAACAAACGCAAAACCAUUCGACGCAACAGAAGCUGAAUU